CAUAUGUCGAGGUGAUUCCUUGAGGUAUUUUAAAGUAUUUUUAACGUGAUCUGUGAUGGUCUAUAGCCUUGAUGGUAUGGAUAGGCCAAACCUCAGGGACGACCUAAACAGGUGACUAGCAAUUUCAUUACAAGUAUAGUUAUUAAUAUAAUGUUUUAUACAUAUCAUCCAGUAUUGUUUUACCAUCAUAUCAUCAAUGUGUUUGGAUCAACGUGCUGGAUUGGUAUGGAUUGGCCAAACCAUUCAGUUCGUUGAUCAGAAAACCCAUUGCUUGCAGAAGCAUGUAUCAUCAUUAUCUACAUUGAAUGGAUCGGGUGUCGAGGAUGUCUAUUUGGACCAACCCUUAUGCAGCGUUAUGUGACAAUGUGCAAAUAGUUGUCAAGAUCCUGCAGGUGUCCUAUAUAUAGUUAUAGUGAAUUUGUAUUCACUGGUGUGGAUAGAUCACCUGUAAAGGUGACCUACAUUAUACAAGAUAAUAUAUGCAUAUAAGCAUAUUCUUUACCAUAAUUGCGGAAGAUCUUUGUUAAUAAAUCUACUCGUUUUUUGGUACAUUCUAUAUCUGUAUAGUCCAUACAUCAUAAUUCUGGUCGUGUUAUUACUGUUUAAUGAAACCUUGUGGGUAGCGAGGCAACAGGUUUUAUGACAGUGAUAAUGUGUUAUUGUUACUAGUGCAAUAAGUUUUCAUAUAAUCAAUAACCUAUGUAAUAAAUGUUAAUAUGAUUUUAUGUAGCGCCAGGAGGCUUUCAUCAAACCGGGGGAGUGUGUAACCCAUGUAACCCUGUACCCCAUGUGUACUAGGUUCACUGCACUAACACAUCAUCUAUCACGUGCAUAACAUUGUCAUUCUUACAUAAGUAAAUACAUGUCAGUAUGUACGUGCGUGCGUAUGAUUGGUUGAAUGGGGUGAGGAGUAUAAACGGAAUGCACGGGCAGACCGGAGUCCUGUCACGUCCCAACCCAACUCUCUCCAGCCAUUCCUCUUCAGGACUCGUAGGAGUCAACAUCCAUCCGUAUCAGCCCUGAAAAAAAGCAUGGCAGAUACGGAGCAGGGGCCACCUGUGGUGGUAGACCCACCUGUAGCAGCAGACCCACCUUUGGCGACAAACCUACCACAAGCGGUGACAGAAGAUGGUGCUGGAUCUCCAAGAGAAGACAGUGAACAGAAAAUCAAACAGGAUGAAACUGCCGGAGAAAAAAGAAACAAUGAAAACAAACAGGAAGCAUUGGAAUCAGCUGAUACUGUUCAAAAUGAACUGCUCAGUAAACCAUCUGAUGCUGAACCGAUAAGCUCAGAUAGACCUAAGAGCAGUGACUCCCGGGGAGUGUUUGUGUCGGCCAAGGGAAAGAGGAAGAAGAAAAUGAUCGUUGAUCCUAACACUCAUAUCGUGACCAUAACAGUGACUAUAUCAAUGGCAGUUCCAACAGCCAUUCAUGCUCAUGAUGAGGAUCAACCCGACAUCAAGGACAUGGUGAAGAAGGAGAAGAGGAUGAUAGAGAAACCGCGGCCACAGAGGUGGUACCACCUCGAAUACUACCUCCUCCCCGACGAGGAUGAGCUUAUCAAGUCUGAUGUGGUUUCCUAUGGACCUGCUGUUAAGAUCUUUACAGAACACGACUCCAGAGUGCUUAGAACCUGGCAGGAAGGCGACCUCACCUGGAUCAGUUGGAUUGAAAAUAACACUGUCAAUGUGUCCAGAGAUCUGUUGAUGAAGCUGUUUAACCACACCGUCGAGCUGAGGAUCUGGGACGAGACAGACAAGAUGAAGACAAACAGUAAAGUGAACUGCAAACUCAGCACCAGUGCCAGAUGGGAUCGACCUCUCAACUUCAAACUUCCCUCCACAAAACCAGAACAAGCUAUGAAAUAUGACGAAAAAGAGAAUUUCAUGAAAAUGAGUGAGGAGGAGAAAAAAGGAGUGAAGGGGAUAGUUUUACGUCAGUCUAAGAGUUACACAAAAAUGCAGCCCAAGAAAUGCCAAGAUACCCGUGCCAUCCCAACACAAGUGACCUUUUGUACAAAACGGAAAGAAGCAGAAAAGAAUGAUGCUGAGAAACCACCAUCUCCGAGGGGCAGAGCUGAGUCCCCAACCCCCAAAACUCUAGUGGGCGUGUCCAACAAGAAACUGGAUUCACAGGAUGGCAGAGGGUCUUUCAGCAGGCUGGGGAGACUCGCUGGGGCGGACCCCGCACCAUCCUCAUCCCCUAGGGGUAGGGAAUCGGUGCACAGUAAGAUGAGUUCUGACAAAAUGAGUCAAAAGUCACACACAUCCAAAAAAAAGGCAAAAGAGGAUAAGAAUGCAUCACCCUCGGGACGCAAUGUCAAGUCAGCAGAAUCGGCAGGGUCCAGGAUUGAAGCUUUGAAGGAAGUCCAAAGAUUAAAGAGACAAAAAAAGUCUGAAGCUGCCCACCAGGCAGCCCAGCAGGCUGCUGAACAGAUCUUCAAGUUUGGAACAUGUAUGAUUCCAGUCAGGAUGGCUAACUUCUUCACAGGUGUUAAGAGCAUAACAAGCCGUCUCACUGAACCAGUAAUGGGCGUAGAGGACUGUUUUAUAAGUCUUAAAGUGGACGGGCCGAUCAUGUCCGAGAAACAGAGACUGGAGCUCAACCCAAUGAUCAUUAAGAUUCACUCCUGUACCAACCUACCUGACUCUCCAAUCACCUACCCGGAACUCAAAAUGAGAUGUAAGCCUGCUUACUGUAAAUACGAAUUCUUCAAGCAGCCUGUCCACUCAAGUGAGGGACGGGAACAUGCUCGGAACAUAUACUGGGAUGACGUCAACGUGGUCCUCACUGGUACCCUAGAUCCGUCUGAGCUUCGUCAAUAUCUCAACGGACCCCCUCUGGAGAUCGAGGUACAUGAUCGAGAUCGCCGGGAGGAGGACGUCAACCUCAAACCCACUCUGUUUGGAGAUGAUUUGGAAGAUGAGAAGAUCAGCAAUGUUGGCACCAUCACAAGUCGGAGGACCCUACACAACCCAUUCACGGGGAGAAACAAACCAUGGGACCCGUAUGGUACAGCCAAGGUCGACCUGUCUGAGCUCCUUCUGGGCCACAAAUACCUUCACAUCAAGGUACCACUUCACAGUUGUGGCACCCCUGAGGUCCUUGGCUCCGCGGAGGGCAGUGAUGGAAAGCUGGUGGGCUUCCCAGGGGCUGUCGAUGGACCAGUGGACAGGCCCAUAUCUGGCGGUCACUAUGUCAGUUCUAAUACCAUGAUGAAGAUUAAGGUGGAGCUGGCCCAUCCGCUGACCACUCCGGACAAGGUGGCUGACGGUAAACCCAUUGAGUCCACCAGGGAGUGUCCGUUCGGGAGAAUUGUGUUUAUAUUUGACUACAAGAACACGACCCUGCUCCAUCAGCUACAGAACCUAGUUACCGACGUCAACGCCGAAGCUCUGGAGCUGGACGAUAUGCCACAACACGUCAUCAAUGCUGCACUGUCCACCUACAAGCUGUCUAUGGAACAGCAACAGAGCAGGACGCUGAACAUUAUAACAGGGUUUCAGGUGAUGGAUAGUGUGAUGCAUCUGUUCAUGUUAGAAGGGCUUCAUAAUCGUGCCAUCAAGACACUGUGGAACUUACUACCAAAACAGGAGAAAUCAGAUGUGAAAGUGCUGUACAAUUCUGACAUGAACUUCAGUGAGCGCCUGUACGGGCCCUUAGAUGUUGACCUGUGUCGAGUCAAGCUACACGAGUCUCUGACCCAGAUAAUCCAGCAGCCUCUUCUAUAUGUGAGGGACAUGGUCCCAAAGGCCUGUUUUGAGGCCCUCAUCAGGAUCUACGAGUUGACCAAGUUGGACCAGAUGAGGAGUGUUGUGAGAAAUGAUCUGUUCCCUAAAGCAGACAUGGUCAUCUCGAUGAGUAAGGAAUUUGGUGUGCCCCUCACCCAGGCAGACUUUGAAGAACUUCAGCCGGAGGAGGAGAAACAACAGGAGACAGAGGUGCAAGUCACGCACUACGAUUCCUUUAUCAGGGAGACUAGUCGACUAUGGACGCCAAUAGACCAUUACAACAAGGAGUAUGUGGAGCGUCUUGUGGCUCGCGAACAACAACACAACUUCAUAUAUGAAAAUAAGGAAGACAUCAGAAAUGCUAGUGAGAUAAAUAAGAAGGAAAAAGAGAUGAACAAAGUCCCGACGAUCCAUGCCGACGUAAACGUUGCUCACAACUACAGUUCUCAAACGCUCAACUCUACAGAGCUGGCCAAGGAGAAGCUCCGGCAGAUGCUGGCUGAGCACCCUGACACGCGGUACACUUAUUGCCAGGACUAUCACCAUUCUAUGACUGUUGUCCCAGUCAACGUGGAGGCUUUGAAGAAGCAGGCCCAGGAGGAGGCCAAGGCGCGCUGGAAAACAGAUUCGGGAUGGAUCUACCCUGGCAUGAAGACAAUGCAGGAAUGUAAUGUACACCCGGGGCGUCCGAACACUGCCAGGGUCGAGGAGCUGACGGAGCCGUGGAGAGAGAAUAUCCUGCAUGUGGGCAUGCUACAGCCUCCGUUGGAGCGUGACUGCUUUCCCUGGGAUGCGCGUCAGUUGGACAUGGAACUGUACCGCCGACCUAAACAUUUGUUUGGAGAUGAGCCUGUCACCAUCCAUCUGGCUGGCCAGAAACUGAAGAAGGAACGUCUAGAUGACUUACGGAAAGAUUUUGAAAAGUGGCGGUCAAAGCAGGUGGUUGACGAUACUCGACAGUACUUCCAUCGCUGCCUCAUGGAGACCGAACUCAACGACAAGGGUCAGAACCAGGUUGAUAAGCUACAAGGAUUACUGAAGGACAAUCCCGAGAAACUGUCUCUCCGCAGAUCAGGCCUGCGUCUCAGGAACGUACCACCAUUGAACGUGGUACUCAACCCUAGUGUAGACAUAGAGGCAAGACUGAUGGGACUUCCCACUCACCCUGCAGUCGAGGGAGAGGGCUACGAGAAAAUCAAGGGGUUCAAACCAGGUCCCUUUGAGGCACAAAGCUGGAACCUGGAGAGGAACAAAAUACCAGCCUACGAUUAUGAACACGACCUAUUCAUGGAUAGAAAGGGCUUUGAUUUUAAUCCCAGAUACAAGGAACGGAAUAAAUUAUGGAAACGGACAAUUAAUCCCUUGAAGGAUGACGAGCGCGACAAUCACCUUUUCCGUAUUCCAGAUGACUACCAAAGGUUCGGGAAACCUCGACCAGUAUUUGAUGUUGAUCCCACCCCUCCAACCGUCACCGAGACCAAAUCCAUCCUCAGAUCUCCAGGCAGAAACACCAAUCAGAGUGGCGUCACAAUGUCUGCAGACCCUGUGUACCGCCGCUCAGUCAAUCCCCUUCAAACGUCGUCAGCCAUGUUGACCUCUAACCCUUCCCUACCCAAAGUUGUCCAACAGUCCAAGCAGAUGGAAACCUUAGUCAACUGAUGCUGAGAAGUUUUGUCGAGUUGUGAAGCUGAUAACAUGGCUCAAUUUGUCAGGAAUAUCUUUAUUAAGCAUAUUUUUUUUACAAUCUACUUUUUAGGUACAGUAAUACCUGUCUCGAGAUACAUGAGAGGCUUGAAUGGCCACUUUUGCUGGCUUGUAAGACAAAUUCUGCUCUAGUUGUAAGUUUUCAGUAUUACAAUUAAUUAAUCCAUUAAUGCUAUGAAAUAUAUUUUUCAGAUUAUUGAAAAGCAUAUAAUCAUUUAUAUGUGAUUGAUUUUUGGUUUGAAUCUAUUUCGUGCAAGGUCAAAUCUCUAUACAUUUUACUUCUGUUUCAAGGUUAAUAGUUCUAUUAUGCUUAUAAAAGAAAAUUUGUUGAAUUAUUUGAAUUUUUGCUCAGUCUUUCAUUCAAUGUUUACCUGUUGAUUAGAAGUUCUGUGUGUUAAAAUUGUCUGCCACAAGUUCCUGAGUGCUCGUGAGGAAAGUGUAGUUCUUCCGGAGUUUAUUUACCUCUGUCUGGUAUACGGAGGCUGGUUUAGCUUGAAACACACUACUGCUGGAUUUUGUUUGUAAUGUACAUGUUAGUUGCCGAUGAGUCGAGUCCAGUGGGAUAUCACCAUUGAUAGAGCGUCUGUGAUAUUUAUAAUUCUACCGUAAUUACGGGGCAUGUAAUGUCUCGAAUCGAUUAUUACAAAAAGUGUAUUAUGUAAAUAUAUUUUCCUGUAUGGUGUACAGAGCAUGCAUUAAGUGUAUGUGUACAUAUUUACUCCCAACAGUAUGCAGGGCACACUAGUUCUGUACAUUGCCUCAGCAUUACUCACAAGUAUGACCGUAACGGAAAUGACUGUUAAAAACUUAAUUUGUAACGAAAUUACUAUUGGUAUCUCAAUAAAAUAUCAAGGAGUCAGA